GAGUAAUAUAGCGAGAGAGAGAUAGACAGAGAGUAAGAGAUUUCUACAAACAGUGAUGGAAACGUUGUUGUAUCUCACCCUGCUAAUCUCAGGGUUCUACACACCUUCCUCAUGCCUUCAUCAGUAUCACCUCAUUAGCAACAAUACGAACUGGACUGAUGCCCAGAGUUACUGUAGAGCACAUUACACUGAUCUGGCUACAGUAGAUGACAUGGAGGACCAGAACAGGCUGAUUACCAGUGUCAGUUUUGAUGAUUCGUUCUGGAUCGGACUGAAGAAGGGAGACUCAAUGAAGUGGCACUGGUCUCUGGCAGACAGACGUUUCUACAGAGAGGGGGAGACUGAGUUCAGAAACUGGGACACUGGGACGCCCCAAAAUGGUAACUGUGCUUUUAUGAGUACAGCUGGUCUGUGGAACAACACCUCCUGUGAUGACCAGCAUCACUUCCUCUGUUAUGAUGGAAAACAAGGAACCAACCAAACAUACGUCUUAAUUCAGGAGAACAAGGCCUGGAUAGAUGCUCAGAGUUACUGCAGACAGAAUCACACAGACCUGGUCAGUGUGAGGAACCAGACUGAGAACACAGAGAUAGAGAAUAAGAUAUCACUGAGUGGACUUCCUGUGUGGAUCGGUCUGUUUCUAGACUCCUGGAGAUGGUCAGACCAGAGUGACUCCUCAUUCAGAAACUGGUUGCCAGGAUGGCCUUCAACAGAUCAGGGAUACAACUGCACUCUGGUGUAUUCUAGUCUUUAUUAUGAUCAUUAUUAUUACUGGUAUCAUUCUAAAUGGAUAAAUCAUCCCUGUGGUCUCAACUAUCCUUUCAUCUGCUAUGGUCCUGCUGUGGAGACCACUGAGAAACCUCAACUGAAGAGACAUGUGGUGAGAAUGAAGAUGACCCCAAAGGAUCAACAUCUGAACAUCAGUGACCCUGCUGUUCAGGAAACCAUCUUACAAGAUAUAAGGAACAAGCUGAAGGAGCAGGGGUUACCUGCAGACACCAAAGUGACAUGGAAAAAGCAGCCUGAUGGGAAGGUCUUCCACAAGGAGGAAGAGGGGUCUCCCAAGAAAGAAGAGGAGGAGAAGAAGAUGAAGAGGAUGAUGACAAAGAGAGAACUCUAGUUAUGUAAAAUGUUCUCCUUUAAUUUCUAUUUUUUAGUUAUAUUAAUUCUCUGUACUGGGAUGUAUUUUUUCACCCUAAAUAAAUGUGUUUUAUU